UAUGGCCCUGAUAAAAUGCCAGGUCAAUAUAUACUGAAAUUUGAAUAAGGCGGCAAAUCAUGACAGAUGAGUAGCUGAUGUCCAAAUUAAAUCACUCUGCAAUUUCUCAUCUUUGCUCCACAAGAUCACUCUCUCAUUUCAAACAAUGCUCUUCUCAACUACACAAUGCUACUCAUGUACGCAAUUUCAACUCUUCAGCCGACCACAUUGUUCCCCCAAAGCCAAGAACUUUCUCUCAUAUGUUCCAAGCUUUUUCGCGACAAAGAGCGAUAAAUCCGGGGAAACAAGCGCACGGGCGCAUGAUUGUAUCUGGGUUUCGACCCACUGUGUUUGUGACUAACUGUUUGAUUCAGUUUUAUGUGAAGUGUGGCGAUUUGGGGUGUGCGUGGAAGGUGUUUGAUGGAAUGUCGGAGAGAGAUGUGGUGUCGUGGAAUGCGAUGGUUUUUGGGUAUGCAAGUGUUGGGGAUAUGGGGAAGGCUCAGGGGGUGUUUGAUAAGAUGGCGGAGAGGGAUGUGGUGUCGUGGAAUUCGUUGGUGUCGGGGUACUUGCAGAAUGGGGGGUUUGGGAGGGCGGUUGGGGUUUUUUUGGAAAUGAGGAGAGGGGGUGUGGAUGUUGAUCCGACUACUUUUGCGGUUGUGUUGAAAUGUUGUUUGGGUUUGGAGGAUUAUGUUUUGGGGGUUCAGAUUCACGGGGUUGUUGUUCGGAUGGGGUUUGAUUGUGAUGUGGUGACUGGAAGUGCGUUGUUGGAUAUGUAUGCUAAAUGUAAGAGAUUGAAGGAGUCGAUACAGGUUUUUGAUGAAAUGCCUGAGAAGAAUUGGGUUUCUUGGAGCGCGCUGAUUGCUGGUUGUGUUCAGAAUAGAGAGUUUUUUAUGGGUUUGAGUUUGUUUAAAGAGAUGCAAAUGGAAGGAAUUGGAGUGAGUCAGUCUAUAUAUGCCAGCGUGUUUCGAUCAUGUGCAGAUGUAUCGUCACUAAGCUUUGGUUCUCAAAUGCAUGGUCAUACAAUAAAGGCGAACUUUGGUUCUGACAUCAUUGUAGGAACUGCCACUCUUGAUAUGUACUCAAAGUGUGGUAAAUUAUCUGAUGCCAGGAAGCUUUUUGAUAGGUUGCCAAAUCAUAACCUGCAAUCCUAUAAUGCCAUUAUUGUUGGUUACGCUCGAGCCAGUCAAGGUUCUGAAGCACUGCAACUUUUUCGUCGUUUAGUAAAAUCUGGUCUUCGUUAUGAUGAAAUAAGCUUAUCUGCCGCAUUUAGUGCUUGUGCAGAAAUUAAAGGAUAUUUUGAAGGCAUGCAACUUCAUGCAUUGGCUCUCAAGAGUACUUAUUGGUCUAAUGUCUGUGUUGCUAAUGCCAUGUUGGAUAUGUAUGGAAAAGUUGGAGCCUUGACUCAAUCAUUUUGCGUGUUUGAUGAAAUGGAAAGAAGGGACCCUGUUUCGUGGAAUGCCAUAAUUGCAGCUUAUGAACAGAAUGGAGAUGAAGAAACAACUCUAUCUUUCUUAGUUUCCAUGCUGCGUUCCAAUAUGGAACCAGAUGAGUUCACCUAUGGUAGUGUUUUAAAAGCUUGUGCAGGUAAGCAAUCACUGAACUAUGGCAUGGAAAUUCAUGGAAGAAUAACGAAAUCUGGAAUGGGAUCGGACUCCUUUGUUGGAAGUGCUCUUGUUGAUAUGUACUGCAAGUGUGAAAAGGUGGAAGAAGCAGAGAAGCUCCAUAACAGAAUGGAAGAAAAAACAAUUAUGGCGUGGAAUGCAAUAAUCUCUGGAUUUGCAUUGGUUGAACAAAGCGAAGAAGCUCAGAAAUUCUUUGCUCACUUAUUAGAAAUUGGAGUUGCCCCUGAUAACUUCACAUAUGCAACAGUUCUUGAUACUUGUGCUAAUCUGGCAACCAUUCAACUUGGUAUGCAAAUCCAUGCUCAAGUUAUUAAGCAGGAAAUGCAAGUAGAUGUUUUUAUAUGCAGCACUCUUGUUGACAUGUAUGCAAAAUGUGGGUACAUGCAAGACUCAAGAUUAAUUUUCGAGAAAGCAUCAAAACGUGACUUUGUGACAUGGAAUGCGAUGAUUAGUGGCUAUGCACAGCAUGGUCUUGCAGAAGAGGCCCUUCAGAUUUUCGAGGCCAUGCAAUUGAAGAAUGUGAAACCAAACCAUGCAACUUUUGUGGCAGUCCUCCGUGCUUGCGCUCAUAUGGGACUUGUCAAGAGAGGGUUGAAGUACUUUUACUCUAUGUCAAGGGAUUAUAAAUUAGAUCCCCAACUAGAACAUUACUCAUGUAUGAUUGAUAUAUUAGGGAGGUCAGGCCAAAUUAAUGAUGCCCUAAAGCUUAUCGAUGAGAUGCCUUUUGAGGCUGAUGAUGUAAUUUGGAGAACACUACUUAGUAUUUGCAAGUUGCAAGGGAAUGUAGAGAUGGCAGAAAAAGCAGCAACUUCUCUCCUAAAACUGGACCCCCAAGACUCUUCUGCAUAUAUUCUUCUAUCAAAUAUAUACGCUGAUGCAGGAAUGUGGGACGAGGUCUCCAAAUUGAGGAAAUUAAUGCGGUAUACUGGACUGAAAAAGGAGCCUGGUUGUAGCUGGAUUGAGUUGCAGUCAGAACUGCAUAUGUUUCUUAUUGGAGACAGAGCUCAUCCCAUGUGCAAAGAGAUAUAUGAAAAGUUAGAUUUAUUAACAGAUGAUAUGAUAUUGCUCGGAUAUGAUCCUGAUAUCAUUUCACUCAUCCAAGACGUGGAAACAACAAGAACUGUAGCCUGCAUGUAGUAUCUCAUAGCUGAAAGUGAAGAUACUGACGCCUUGCUUCUCAGUUGCUCCUUACCCAAACUGUAUGCAACUAAGUGCUCGAUGUUCCCACAGUUUUAAGUGACAACAUUUAUAAACCUUGCUAGAUUUUUCUUAAUGAUGCCGGGAGAGACAGUUGAAGACCUGUUGCAACUCAUUGGUGAACAACAUAUAUGCCUCAUCUUCCUUGUCGUGAUCUUUACCUUGUCAUUUCUAGCACACUGACUUUAACAGCUGGAAGGGAUUAAAGUUUCAGACAAAUCACAAGGAAAAAACUUUCGGACCAUGUGCAGGGAAAGGUAAUUUUAUGGCAGCUGCCGAAUGAAUGUAAAGCCCAAGCAGUUGACUUGGAGGAUUUGCUUGAUCAGGACAAGCCCGGAUCAAGGUGACCAAAAGCCGAAGCCACCUCCCUGUUGAGACUGAGAAUGUUCCUCAGAAAACAGAGGCAUUUACAAUCCGAUCGUUUUUGGUUUUUGACAUGUGGAUUCGGAUGAAAUAGCGAAGAUGCAGAUGGAUCGAGUAUGCGUUACGAAUGAAUCACAGUUGGAGAUUCUGACUAGGGGUGAGCAUUCGGUUCGGGUAUCCAUAAACCGAAUGGAUAUAUCCGAAAUAUUAUGGUUCGGAUAUCGAACCGAUAAAAUAUAAUUCGGUAUAUGGAAUGUUUUUAGAUAAUUUCGGAAUUUCGGUUUUUUAAAACGGAUUUUUGGAUUUAUCCGAAUUAAUCAAAAAAUCCAAAAUUUUGUAAAAAAUAUCUUUUAUACUAUUCUCAUCUACUAAUUUAUAUAGUUAUGUUGUAACUUAUCCUUUAGGUUUUUUUGAAACAUAAUAAACAAUUUCAA